GAAGAGAGGAGACCAUUUACACCGGCCGCAUAGGAAAUGCUGAAAAAGGAAAAACGCUCAAAUAUGGCAUCAUCAAAACGAUAAGGUCAUGUCGCCGAACUGAAGGUAGCUAUGCCCGACGUGUCACUAAACACGCACGCCGAUCGAUGGAAGGAGGCCGCGCUGCAGCAUUCUGUCUAAAAACCGAUGACAGCGAUUGGUAGGCUGUGUGACAUUGAACAUACAGGACACGAAACAGACGAGGUCGUUUAAAGAGCCACGCACCGUGAACAACUUGUCACGUCCCGUGAAUUUGAUCCGUCGUGCUGUCGUGAGUUGACGCGGCCGUGAACGUUAGCGACAUUUCGGGGGAUGUGGUAGUCGCCGGGUGCGUUUGCUUUUCACCCCGGCACGAAGCAAGAAAUAUGCUACACGGUCGCUGCUGCGGUUAUCAAGCUAUUAUCUUAGCCUAGCGGCUCGGUGCAGGGAGCUACCCCAGAUCCAGAGCAGACGUCAUCAACAUUUCCCUGUAUUUAAAUGGUCGCGUACGAGGAGGUCAUCGCUGGAAACGAACGACGAUCACUCGGAUAAAAAAAAAAGACGGUGAAAGCCAAAAGUCAACUGAAGAUAACUGGGUGUCCUAAAUGGGGGACUACGGGUUCGGAGUUCUGGUGAAGAACAGCAGUGGUAACAAAUCUGCCUUCCCCUUGCGGAUCCCUCCUCACCUCCAACCCCAGCACCCACACCACCCCUCCAACCCCCCCAGCCCCCCUUCCUUCGUAAACAACACCUGCUCCACCAAUGGGGGCAGCGCUUGGCUGUUCCCCGCCGUAGCCCCGCACAGUAACAUGCAAGAUGAGAUUCUGGAGUCAGACAAGUCCAAGGCCUUGGACCUCCAGGACAUGCAGGAGAAGUCUCAGGUCCAGCCCCAGGCCUUGUCUCCUGGCCAGCAGGAGGUCGGGGGAGGCCUAGGAGAGCUUGAGGGUUCACUCCCUGACGAUGGUUCGCUGGAGAAGGGUUCUUUGGAGAGCAGCAGUGGCAAAGAGAAGCUGAGGAUGGAGUCCCCAGUGCUUAGUGGGUUUGACUACCAGGACAGCCUGGGAAUGGGUACGAGCAUUGCACAGUCCACCUCCUCAUCUUCGCUGACCAGCUUUAACAACUGGUCCCCUGCUGUCCCAUCCAACCAGUCUCCAGUGGUCGGAGAAGAUGUAGGAGGGUUCUUUGGCCCGACUGGCUCCAACGCCAACGGACCUCCCAUGCUGUUCCAGAACUUCUCCCACCACGCAGGUCCUGGCUUUGGUGCGGGGGGGAGUUUCUCCCCACAGAUCGGGCCAGUCUCUCAGCACCACGCACCCACACCUCACCCCCAACACUACCACCCCCACGGCCAGGGGGUCCCACAGCAGCACAGGCGCUCCCCAGCUAGCCCUCAUCCACCGCAGCAGUCUUUCCCUCCGCACCCCCACCGCACCGGACCCUUCACCCAGCUCCCCCACCUCACUACUGCCCAGAAUAAACCCCCCUCUCCUUGGGGAAGCUACCAGAGUCCCUCCACUCCCACAUCCACCUCCUGGAGCCCUGGUGGGUAUGGUAGCUGGGGAGGCACACAGGGGGUGCGAGAGUAUCGGCGGGGGGUAGGUGGAGGUAUGUCGGGCCUUAACUCCAUCUCCCCGCUGAAGAAGUCCUUCCCUAACAACCAGGUUCCCUCUCAGAAGUUCCCCAGAAAUAGUUCUGGCUUCAAUCACAAGGGCUGGGUGGAGGACAGCAUGGGCCGCAAUGACAGCAUCUACCCUUUCCAACAGGAGAGAACACGGUCUUUUGAUGGUUUCAGUAUGCACUCUCUGGAGAAUUCACUGAUUGACAUUAUGAGGGCUGAGCAGGAUUCCUUGAAAGGACGUUACAACUUCUCUCACCAGGGUGGAGACGGGCCUCUACCUAUGAAUGCAAGAAGUUAUGGCAGAAGACGAGGUCAUUCCUCUCUGUUUCCCAUGGAGGAUGAGCGCUCUUUUGGAGAGGACGAGUCAGGUGACCAGGGGCUUCCUGGCCUCGGCUCAGCUCACUGUUUCCCCCACCUUAAUGGUGAACGUGUGGAACGAUAUUCUCGUAAGGUGUUUGUAGGAGGUCUGCCCCCAGACAUAGAUGAAGAUGAGAUCACUGCAAGUUUCCGUCGGUUUGGUCAUUUGUUUGUAGACUGGCCUCACAAGGCAGAGAGCAAGUCCUAUUUCCCACCAAAAGGAUAUGCAUUUUUGCUGUUCCAAGACGAGAGCUCUGUUCAGGCUCUGAUUGAUGCCUGCAUUCAGGAGGAUAGUAAACUGUACCUGUGUGUCUCUAGCCCCACCAUCAAAGACAAGCCUGUCCAGAUCCGACCCUGGAACCUAAAUGACAGUGAUUUUGUAAUGGAUGGCUCUCAGCCAUUGGACCCGAGGAAGACCAUCUUUGUAGGAGGUGUCCCUCGUCCCCUUCGUGCAGUGGAGCUUGCCAUGAUUAUGGACCGUCUGUAUGGGGGAGUGUGUUACGCUGGGAUCGACACAGACCCUGAACUCAAGUAUCCAAAAGGGGCGGGAAGAGUGGCCUUCUCCAAUCAGCAAAGCUACAUUGCAGCCAUUAGUGCCCGAUUUGUUCAGCUGCAGCACGGGGAGAUUGAUAAACGGGUGGAAGUGAAGCCAUAUGUCCUGGACGACCAGCUGUGUGACGAGUGCCAGGGCACCCGCUGUGGGGGGAAGUUUGCUCCUUUCUUCUGCGCCAACGUGACCUGUCUGCAGUACUACUGUGAGUACUGCUGGGCAGCCAUCCACUCCCGGGCUGGCCGCGAGUUCCACAAGCCGCUGGUGAAGGAGGGAGGGGAUCGGCCACGACACAUCUCUUUCCGCUGGAACUGAGGCGAGACGGCAAGGGAGGGUGAAAAUAGAGGUUCGGGGAGGGACUGAGAAAGGGGAAGCUGGGUAAGGGGUAGGGGCUAUGAUAUGAAAAAUAAAUGCACUUUUCUUUUAAGUUAAAAAAAAAAAAAAACAUAAUUUAUUUUUUUUAUUUUUUUUAAUUGGGCCCUCUAACAGAAGUAAAUGCUAAGAAGAGAGUGAAAUCCCAUUUAUGUUUUGACUUAACGUGUGCAUGAGCAUAUGAAUGCAUUAGAUUUGGAUUUAGACGUUUUCUGACUUGACUGUACUUUCUUUUCGUGUUAGCUGGCAAAGCUGCUUAUAUUUGUUGUCAAGAGUAACAUAAAAUUUAAGUGAGGUUCAUCAUACCUAAAUCAGUAUACUAACUGGAAGUUGAGUUGAAGAAGGGUGCAUUUUCUUACUUUGCGCUUACAGGAUUAGAAAACAACUGUACCAUUUACCAAAGGUUGAGUGCAAAACGUUGGGUUGAACCGAGGAAUGACACCGUUUCAAACGGUUGGACGACUUGUGUUUUUCAAACAGCUCAUUGUAUAGCAUCUGGCCACUUCGGAAAAAAAUUAAAUAAGAAAAUCUCUUUAGGUUGCUGGCAUGGGUUUUUAGGUCUUGGUUUAAAAGUUGACACUUUGUAACCAGAAAGGGCAAACCAAAGAUUGGCCUAAAACACAUCAUCGAGAGCAAACAUUGAUCUGAGGGUUUUCAGGAUAAUGUUGUGUCCUCUCGUCGUGUGACAGGGGAGAGGCUGGAGUUGUGUGGAGUUUUGGUUUCUGGGUUUCAGCGAAUAAAGACACAGCCCUCAGGGCUCAGGUAUUGGCAGUAGUAUUUGCUCACUUUAUAUUGUCAGGGAUAUUAGCACUGGAAGCUAACAUGCUAAUGUAGUACUAACUAAUGGGAAUGCACAGUCCAGUCUCCCUGAGCUGUCCUCAUGGUGUACCACUGCACGCUCUACCAUGACUGGAGCUUCUAUCACAAGUGUUGUGGUUGGAUAUGGUAGUAGCUAGAAUUUGCUGUCACAGAGAUAAAGAUAUUAUUUUAUACAUGGCCUGCUGAUUUUUGUACAGUGUUUUAUAGCUGAUUAUUUUGUCAUGAACAUAUAAACAUUUAUUAUGCACUACUUUUCUAAAUAUUUUUUUCAAUAGUCAUUUUAGGCACAUUUUUCACAGAUGGGAGAACUCCUUUUGCAAUACCUCAUUUUUUUCACUUGGUGAAAAAUAAUUUUGUACCUUUGUUACUAAGAGAUCUGCAUUUAUGGUAAACUUAAUUUAAAAAGAAAAUGAAUGAUAUUAAUAUAAUUUUCAAUUAGCUUUUAUAUAUUUAAGUGCUGGUAAAUCUGAAAAUUGUCUGGUGCAUUGGUGUGAUUCUGUAUAUAAAAGAAAAAAAACAAGGCUAUCAUUAGCUAUUCAUAUAUGGAUUCUCCUCUGUCCUAAAUAAACAUAACAGGAUCCUAAGGCAUGACAAGACCUUUCUAAACGGAUUUUGAUAGUCUUGAAAAUAUAUUCUGAUAUUUCGCUCCUAGGUGCACUCAGUAAGAUUAUCAUUAGGGUAAAUGUUUUGGCUUUGGUCAACGUGAUCUCUUCCCUUCUAUCACCGGAGUGGAUAUCAGCUGUUUGAAUAUUUAGAUCCUCUUUCUGGAACUGCCUGUAAGUUCUACUUAUUCUUGGCAUGCAUAAUGUAAUACAGAAAUACAAUGGCUAGUGUUAAUGCAGGACCUAAUGUAAUGCACUAGAUCUCUUUUUGACUUUCUUUUCCUUCUCUCUUUGAGAUCACCUCUCUUGUAGCCUCUCUUUACAUGGUGGAGUCUGCCUUCCUUACACAGACGUGAUGUUUAUGCAAUCUACACAGUGACAACACUUUGGAUGCGUUUUGUAAUGUAGAGGACACUCAGUAGGACAUAGGUGAGGAGAGUUGAUCACUUGCCGCCCCCCUCCCCUCCCCCCUUGUGAUGUGGCAUGCUUUGGGACAUAACCUGAAUGUGAUUUAAUGUUGCAAGUUAACUUUGAGCCAUUAUGUGCAAUACUUAUUCUUUCCAGAAACAAGUCUCUGCAGUGCAAGUCAUUUAAUCCAUAUAGACCAUGCAGUCAUUUAUACAUCAUUUGUUUCCUAUUGUUCAUGCUGAUGUCUGCAAGAUAAAAAAAAAAAGUAAUUUAUACAUGAAUUUAUUUUUAAACAUUAGUUUUGUGCUUAUUUACUUAUUUUGCUACAACCAUGCUACUGUGAUUGAAAACAUUGUAUAUACUAGGUCGAUAAUGUAUUUAGUAUUUGCUAUAUUUUCAAUUGAAAUGUUUAACUAUCAUUUUUGAUCAGAUUUUUGUUAUAUUUUUUGGGGUGAUGUGUUAAAACUCGUGUGUCUAGUUUUUCUAAUUGCUGUAUUGUGCUCCACAUUUUCAGAUGAAAAGAAUAUUAUGUCUGUUAGUAUUACUUGAUUGCAAAAUUUCAAGUUUUUAAUUGUAUGCUGGGAAGGUUAUAUUUAUUAACUUUUUUUUUUACCUGAUAUUUGGAUUUUUAUUCAGUCAUUUGACAUUUAUACGUAAGUUCCAAUUUUUAUAUUUUCUUCCUGAUUUAUUUACGCUACAAUACAGACGUCAGUUUUUAUAGUUGGUUUGUAGUAUUGAAGUAAAACAAAGAUCUAAUGUCAUAUAUUAAUUUGCUGCCAACUGUUUGUAACUGUAUGCAUACAUUUGAAGUAUUUGUAAUGUGAGAUGUUGAAUGAAUAAAACAGCUGUGAGGAAGA